AUGCCGGUCGCAUCCCAUCCCCAGGCCAAAUUCGACCCCAUUCCGCCGGAUCUCGAUCUUCAUGCCCUGGUCGAAAAGACGCCAAACUUCCAUUGGGUCCUGCGUGUCUCGGCAGCUCAGAUCCGCAACAUCGGUCCUCAAGAGUUUGAGAGACUCGUUUACCUUCACGUUAUCCGCGGCGGCAAACCGCUGGUCAUCGAAAAAUGGAACGACCGACUACCCAAGACGCUGUUCAGCGCAGAAUGGCUCGAGGACACAUAUAACAAGAAACAGGAAAAUGUUCGCGACAUCGUUUCUCAAACCGACAUCCCGAUGACUAUGGGUCAUUACCUCCGAUCGAUGAAGCAGUUGACGAACCAAUGGACCCCGAACAACUUCCGCGACGAGCGCCGUCAGCGUCUCUACCUCAAGGAUAUCGACUGCCCACCCGAGUGGCACGAGCGCCUCCAAAAGGUCAUUCCGACGAACCUGUUUUACAUGAACGACAACCUCGACAGGAAGGCUUCGAGGCGCUACGAUGACUACGACUACGUGGAGAAGUCCUGCGCCCCAGCCGGUGACCUGAUGAGCAGUCUUCCCGAAGAGAUGCGCGCCCAGAACCUGAUGUGCUACGUCGGCCACGAAGGCACAUACACUCCCGCCCAUCGCGAAAUGUGCGCCAGCUUGGGCCAGAACAUCAUGGUGGAUGCAUCCGGAGAUGAGAACGGGGAGAAGCCGGGCAGCUCGAUCUGGUUCAUGACCGAGACCAAGGACCGCGAGGUCGUCAGAGAAUACUUCCUCUCUAUCCUGGGACACGACAUCGAGAUUGAGAAGCAUUUCGCUCAGAUCAACGCUUGGAAGAAGGCGAACUUCCCCGUCUACAUUGUGGAACAGAAAGUGGGCGACUUCGUUCUGGUUCCUCCUCUGGCUCCCCAUCAGGUCUGGAAUCGCGGCACUCGCACCAUCAAGGUUGCGUGGAACAGGACUACGGCUGAGACCCUGGAGAUGGCCUUGCAUGAAGCUCUUCCCAAGGCAAGACUUGUCUGCCGUGAUGAACAGUACAAGAACAAAGCGAUCAUCUACUUCACACUACAGAAGUAUUACAACCAGAUGAGAGAGAUGGAGCAGAAUGCCGACAUUGGGUUGCUCGGCUUUGGUCAGGAUCUGAUGAAGAACUCUUUCCGCAUGACACAAAUCGCCAAAGACUUCAAGGCUCUCUUCCGCUUGUUCACUGAGAUUCUGGUGGACGAGAUGUUUGCCAUAAAGGAGAAGGAGAUUGAGUACGUUGAGUUUGACUCCUGCAUUACCUGCUCGUACUGCAGAGCCAACAUUUUCAACCGCUUCCUCACCUGCAAACACUGUGUUCGCACCCUGGUUACUGGAGAUGAAGACACCUACGAUAUCUGUAUGGAGUGCUACGCCAUGGGACGUUCGUGCCUCUGUGUUUCCAACCUCACUUGGUGCGAGCAGUGGAAGUGGUCUGACCUGGUGGAUCGUUAUGAAGAGUGGCGAGCUCUUAUCAUCAAGAACGAUGGUUAUGUCGACUAUGACACUUCUCCCCUACCGUUGGAGCUGGCGAGGAAGAAGACAGGCAAGAAGUCUGUGGCACAAAUUUGCCAGGAGCAACUUCGGAGACGGCCAUGGAAGGAUAUUAGCAAACUUGACAAACCUGAGGAGCCCGAAGUCUCGGAGCCAGAAUUCGACGAAAAUGGCAAGCCUAAGAAGAAGCCACGUCGCAAAAAGAAGAAGGGCGAUGUUUACCGUUGCCAUGUUUGCUCGCACAAAGACUUUACUUACAAGCUCGCAUUCUGUUCGAAUCCAGGCUGUUCAGAAGCCUACUGCUACGGUGUCCUCUACCGAGCGUUCGAUCUCAUGCCCCAGGAAGUCCUCCAAAACGAGAGAUGGGAGUGCCCUAAGUGCCUCAAGAUGUCCAAGAAAUACGCUGCUUGGACACGAUACUCGCCCAUCGCUGACGAUCGGAGUGUGGAAACACUUGUCGAUUUCAAGGUGCAUAACCUCAACUGGCUCAAGACCUCUGGCGACGACGGCCGCAACGUUCAAAGCAAGAGAUUGCAAAAGCUACAGCAACAGGCUGAGGCUGAGAAGGCUAAGAACGCAGACGACGUACACAUCGAGGUCCCUGCCUUACAGAAUGGCGAGCAGGCAGCAGGAGCUGAAAACACGGAUGACGCUUUGCAGCAGUCCAUUGCCGACGGCUUGGGCGGGGGCCAGGAGAGGCCGGAUGUCAAAAUGAACGGCACAUCUGCCGAGCAACCCAGCGCUGCCCAACCAGCGGGUCCCGCCGAGGUUGCGGAUAUGUCUAUCGCCCCAGAGGAUCAGGAUCAGUCCGCUUACCCUGAUCCGGACUUGUUCGGCCAGGAGCGUAUGCUUGGUAUGGGUUACUACCAGCAGGAUGAUGAUAGUCCGGACAAGAUUCUGUUCGACCCUUAUCAGCGACCUACGGCCGAAGAUUACGUUGUUGACGAAGAGCCCGAGUUGAUGUCUGAGUAUUUGAAGAAGCAGCUUCGGUUGGCUAAACGUAGGGCUCGCCAUGCCGAAGAUGACGAUCCUGAUUUUGCUGCACCUCGGCCUCACCAUCGGAAGAAGCAGAAGCUCGACAAGACUUCUUCCCAGCCGCCACCUACGCGGGACGGUCAAGAUGAUGUUCUUGAGAACAUGGAUCCGGCUCUCUUUGAUCAGACGAUGCCGGAUGUUGCCGGUGAUAUCAGAGCUGAAUCUGCCCAGGCUGGCGCCUCGCAGCCUGCAAACGGCCAGCCUUCGGAUGAGGCAGGUGAGAAGUCUGGUCAGCGCCUGUACCCAGCCAACGUGCCUACCCUUCGACAUGCAAGGCCCAAGAUCUCUUACAGGGUCGAUGAGGACAACGAGGAGGAAUUCAACGAUAUUCUCAUCCCUCGCUCGCAGAAACCUGAAUACCGGGCAGCUGCGGCACCGGCCAACGUUGUGCAGAGUAUUGAAGGGCCGACUGGUCCCAAGGACCCCUUGGAUCUUGCUUCUGCCGCCGUUCUCGCCAUUACUGGCGCCGGUGGCGACCGUAGCAAUGAAGCCUCUCAGGAACCCAAGUCGACUCGUGCCGCUGCUGCGCCAUCUGGGCCGUCAAAGCUACGUGGACCGCAUAAGAAGCGAGGACGGCCUCCCGGACGGCCACGUAGGUCGGAAGCCCACGACAGUGAGGAUGAGGAGAUGCAUGAGGCAUCAGAACCCUCUCGGAGACGUGGACGCCCCCCGCGUAGACCGAUGGCAGCAACGGAUGCUGAGGACAGCGACCAUGAUGAGGACAUUGACGCCCAACUCGCCCAAGAGCUUGAUGGAUUUGACGAGAACGGUGAGGCCGUCGAGCGCGAUGCCGAUGCUUCCCAAGCUCCUAAGAGGAGAGGCCGUCCACCGAAGAACGGCGUUAAGAAGGUCACGGUUGAGGUCACCACCAGGACGCCCAUGCUAUCAUUGGCUGAGCGUAUGAAGCUCAAGGGCAAGAAGUUCAAGAUUGGUGAGCGCAAAAGCACCGGGGGUACGCCCGCAAAGGUGGUCGCUAAGCCAGCGCCAGUUGACUCGAUCGAGAAGAGUGCCUCUCCUGCUGUCUCUGGACGGGCGACCCGGGGUGCUGGGAAGGAGACUUCCCUUCCUGUGCGUGAGUCGCCUAGGACGACCAGGACCAGGACCACGUCAGCAACUCGCCAGACUGUCCAGCCUGCAGAUGAGGAACCUCACCACUCCGAGUCUGAACGGGAGGAACUUGAGCCCGAGCAAGAGAAGGAGAAGUCUCCAGAACCAGCUCGCCACUCUGUAUCUCAGGCAUCAGUCCGCAUCAGCCCUCCGCGCGACGAGGCCUCGCCCAGCAAGUCUCCAGAGCCAGAACGCAGCCCAAGUGUCAGCGCCUCGCCCGAACCUCCAAGUCGUGCGCCAUCCGCUCCAUCAGUCACCCGCAUCUCUCCCUCCCCGUCACCUUCGCCACCACCACCCCCACCGAAGCCCGCAGGCCCUACCGUCGUCAGGCUCAUGGACACCGACGAUGAAGAGUCCGAUUACGGCGGCGGCAGCUACCACUCCGGAUCCCGCUCGACUUCUCAGAGGUCACAGUCAGAGCGGAGCAGAAGUGGAAGCGAAGCGGCAAGUGGUACGGGCUCUGAAGACGAGCCGAGCUCGGACUCGGACUCGGAUGAUGAGGAUAUUCCGGCUAGGAAGGAGAGUGUGCGCCAGAGCUUUACUGCGAGCAGAGGGCGAGGAGGUGGAGUUGGGAUUGUGUCGAGGGGGAGAGGGGGGAUUAGAGGGAGGGGGAGAGGGAGGGGUAGGCCGAGGGGUUCGUAA